AUGGAUUAUAAAUCAAGAAGAUUUGAAGGAUGUAGUAAACCCAGAGAUUAUGAAAGACUCGAAAAGUUAGGAGAAGGAACUUUUGGAGAAGUUCAUAAAGGUAGAAAAAAAAGUACUCAUGAUUUAGUUGCUAUGAAGCGAAUUCUAAUGCACAACGAAAAAGAAGGAUUUCCAAUAACUGCAUUACGAGAAAUAAGAAUAUUAAAAAUGCUUUCACAUAUUAAUAUUAUACCUCUUAUGGAUAUAAUUGUCGACAGAGGAGACCGCAAAGAAAGAAAACAUGGAUCUAUUUAUAUGGUUACACCAUAUAUGGAUCAUGAUCUAUCAGGAUUAUUAGAAAACCCAAAAGUUAACUUUUCAGAAGCUCAAAUAAAAUGUUACAUGAAACAACUUUUUGAAGGGAUAAACUAUCUUCAUCAAAAUAAUAUUAUGCAUAGAGAUAUGAAAGCUGCAAAUUUGCUCAUCAACAACAAAGGCAUACUAAAAAUAGCAGAUUUUGGACUAGCAAGAACUUUUGAAGAACCUUUUCCUAACAAAGAUAACUCUAUUGUUGAUCGAAGAGAGUAUACAAAUUGUGUUGUUACUAGAUGGUAUAGGCCACCCGAAUUGCUUUUAGGGGAAAAAAAAUACACUGCAGCAAUAGAUAUGUGGGGUGCUGGAUGUGUAUUUGGAGAAAUGUAUAAACAAAAGCCUAUCCUUCAAGGUAAAUCUGAUAUAGAUCAAUUGGCAAUAAUAUUUCAAAUCUGUGGGUCACCAACUGACUUUACAAUGCCUGGAUGGCAAAAUUUACCAGGAAGUGAAAGUAUAAAAGCUUUUCGUACUUAUUUUCGCACUCUUGAAGAUAAAUUUUCGAAAUAUGGUCCUUAUAUGGUAUCUCUUUUAGGUCAUCUUCUUACUCUUGAUCCUCAUAAGCGAUUUUCUGCAUUAGAUGCCCUUAAGCAUAGUUACUUUCAUACAUCACCGUUACCGGCUGAUCCGUCAAUGCUUGAUACGUAUGAUUCAAGUCAUGAGUUAAAUCGACGAAAAUAUAGAGAAGAAAAAAUCUACGAAAAUUAUAUACCUACUACACCUAAAGAAAAAAUUAUAAAUAUAAAAGAAAAUAAAUUAACAGGAAAAACUUAUAAGGAGACAUCUCCAUGUAUAACUAAUAAUCAAAAAAUAAAAGAUGUAGAGUCUAAAUUAAGCCAUAAAGAAGCAACAAAAGAAGGAUUAAAUGUUUAUAUAUAUCAAACAUCUCAAUCUUCCUAUCUUACUAAUCAAGAUAAGCCAUCAAACAUCAAACAGGAUACCCAAAAAAGCGCAAACUCUUAUUAUAAAGAAUCUCAAAAAAAAUAUCAUGAAUUACAUCCUCGACAAUUUAAUCAAGAUAAAAAUAUAAAUGAUGACGUAAGAUGGAGUAAUUAUAAAUCCCAUAGUCAUGAUUGGUAUAAAAAUAAAAAUAUUUAUGGACGAUAUCUAGAUAAAGAAAAAAAUUAA